AUGUACCCUUCCACGUGGUGUGGACGCGCCUUAGCUAUUGCAUCAAGGCCACUCCAGGGGUUUUACCGGGAUGCCGCUAGGGGCGCUAGCAGUGAGCGAACCAAGGGCAGAUUGCUGACAUGGCGUCUUAGAGCCAGUGUAUUAUUUCCAACCCGUUUCGGUGUUCAUCCCUCUCAUCAGGAACCACAACAAUGCCGAGGUACUUAUCGAAAGUCGAAAACAAACAAUAGGGGGGGAUCAACCAUGGGAUCUCAAAGGUUUUGUCUUCGAUGGAAUAACCAUCAGACCAAUCUUCUUUCUGUAUUUGAUCAGUUGCUACACGAUGAAGCAUUUGUUGAUGUAACUCUGGCUGUUGAAGGACAAUUUCUCCGUGCCCAUAAAAUGGUUUUAUCAGCCUGUAGUCCAUAUUUCCAGGCUUUGUUUGUUGGUCAUCCUGAUAAACACCCAAUCGUUAUUUUGAAAGAUGUUCCCUAUUCGGAUAUGAGAUCUCUUUUGGAUUUCAUGUAUCGUGGUGAAGUUAGUGUUGAUCAAGACAGACUUACUGCAUUUCUUAAAGUGGCUGAGUCUUUGAGGAUCAAAGGUCUUACUGAAGUAAAUGAAGAACGAUGUGAUCUUCCCUCAAUAGCUAAUUCUUUGUUGAAUCAAACUCUUCCACCACCACCACCUCCACCUAGUCUUCAUAGGCUUUCUAUGCCACCAAAUGCUCAGCCAAAACGUCCAAUUCCUCCAAACGCUAUGCUCAAUUCAGCUUUGACUGCACCUAAACGUAAAAGGGGUCGACCUCGAAAACUCUCAGGUAGCAGCCCGAAUCCUCCUCAUCUGCCACAUCCUGAUGUUGAUCAUGAGGAUCAGAAACCACCGAUCGCUCCAGUUAUGGAAAACCAUUUAGGUGUAGGACCUCCUUUUCCCCAAAUGCCACUACAACUGCAGCAUUCUCAACAAACAAACUCUUUAACGAUGGCAGAUAUGGCUGUGGGAAAUUAUAGAAGCGGCCUCGGGCCAGUUGUUCCUCCUCAGGGAAUUCCACAAUCCUGUAAUAAUCCUCCUCAUCAAAAUUCUAAUCUUCCACAUACAGUUCCGACUGAAGAUCCUGAGUCACCUAAGAUUGAAGACGAAGAGGAAGAGGAUUGUGAAGAAGUACACAAAAUUGAAGACGGAGAAGAAGAUGGAUAUUCAUUGGCAUCAUUUCAAAGCUCAACUCAAUCUGAUGGCGAAAGGUUUUCAUCAUCUGGGCUGAAGAUGGAGCCAAAUUCCGAUUUUAUUGAAAUCGAUGAAGAAGAUACAUCAAAUAUUAUGGCUAGUUUUGAUGAUUUAAUUGCUUGUUCCCCGGCAUCAUCGGAUGUAGAAGAGAAUGUUGAAGCUGAAUUUUCUAGUCAAGCUAUUGAACCUGAAUUUGCUGAUGAAGAUAUUAGUCAAUUUGAAGAAGAUUCAUUACGUAGCCUGAUAGGCAGAUUGUCAGACACUGAUGGAAAUAGACGACGAAUAGACAAAAUGUCAAUCAGAAAGUUCUGUUCUCGAGAAGGGGAUCAAGUACAUAGAUGCACCAUUUGCUCAAAAGCAUACACCCACAUUAGUAACUUUUGCCGCCACUUUCUAUCAGCACAUUGUGGAAACAAGCAAGAAGUCCAUUGCCCUAUUUGCAACAAACCCUUUACGAGAAAAGAUAACAUGAUGACUCAUGCUAAGCAGGUUCAUGGUUUAUCAUGUAUGAGGGGAUCAAUGUCCGAACAGUUACCUAAUUAUGACCAACAAGCCGAUUGAAUUUAUUAGAAUUUUAGUUAAGAAAUCAAGACCAAGGAAUUUUGUGAUAUAUAAGAUUUUAUAGUUAAUGAAAUUUUAUUAGUAUUUUGUUUGAAAUAAUUGACCAAAUAUUUUAUACCAUUAAGGAAUAUGUAGAAUCAUUGUUGCUAUCAAGAGUCCAGAGAUUUCUAAAAUUAUGAAAGAGAAGUAUUUUCUUUUCUUUUUAAAAAAAAUAUAUAUAUUUAAUAUAGGAAUAAAUAUUGUUCUUCAUUAAAUUUAUUUACUGUUAAUUUUUUAAUGUUAAGAAAAUUCACUAUUUUACCAUUAUUGAGUGUGACACUUCAUUUUCUAUUCUAUAUGUUGUCUGUUAUUAAUUGUGGUUAAUGUUUCAUAUGUACCAAGUAUUAUGAAAUGAAACAAGAUUUAUCACAUUUUAUUGUAUCUAGUCAUUUUUUCUUAGUCUUAAUAUAAUUUUUACUAUAUAAGUUUAGUGUUUCUUAAAUUUAAAUGUUUCCUUAUAGGAUAAUUACAUAUCACAUCUCUGAACUCUUUAAAAAACUAUUAGGAUUUAUAAAUGUUUUUACCAUUUUGACUAAUAUAUUAAUCAGUGCCUUAAUAUUAAUCUUAUUCAGGGUAAUAUCAGCUUAUAAUUAAAAUAUUUAUCUUUUUACGUGAUCUAUAAAUCAUGGAAGUCUGCUACUAGUCCACCUUCGCUAGUCUUCUUUAUUUGUUAAAAUGCACCAAAUGUUUAAUAUUACCAAUGAUAUAUUAAUUAUUUAUUUACGACUUGUUUUAUUUAAUAUUAUUUAUCCAAAGUUUAUUUAUUUAGAUUUCAAAUGUCUCAUUGUGAGAAAUAGUGCCUAUGUGUGGUCACAGACCCCAAAAAAAAAAAUUUAUAAAGGAACAUAUCUUCCGUUUAUCUGUUUGAAUAUAUAACAUCUGCGAUGUUUCUUUAUAUUGUAUUUGAAUUUCUUGCUUCUAAGAAAGUUAAUUUAUUGUUAAAACAUUAGAUAUAUUCUUUAUUGUUAUUUAUCGAUACUGAUAAUAAAGGAUACACCAAUGGGUGAUCUU